AUGGACCAAAUGGACAGAGCUCCCACUCUCUUAGAGAAACUCAAGUUCUUUCUUAUCGUCGGUGUUGGCUACUUUGCAAAUGGGUACACUUCUGUAACCAUUGUAUUAGGUACGGAAGAAUACAUCCCUUCCAUGUUUUAUAUUAACCAGCUAGUAGGCGUAUCCAUGCUGGGGUAUAUCUACUUCGAAGAUACGGGCAGCGCCGUCCCUACCGACCAAUCUAGCACUAUGAAAACAGGAACGUAUAUAGGCUUGAUCGUUGGCCAGCUUGUCUUCGGUUAUCUGGGUGAUACAUUUGGGCGUAACAGCGUAUAUGGUAAAGAGCUUAUCUUUUUUAUUCUGGGCAAUAUCAUGUGUAUCUUGAUGCCCUGGAGAGGCUUUAGCCAUAGCGCUGUCGUAGGAUGGAUGACAACCUGGCGAGCGGUCAUGGGGUUGGGUACUGGUGGAGAUAUUCCAAUCUCGGCUACAUUGUCUGCGGAAAAAUCCGGAACUAAAGGCCAUGCACAUAUGUUUCUCUUGGUUUAUUUCAUUGGAGGAGUUGGCAAUAUCACAGCUUCUAUUGUGUUGGUUAUCUUGCUAGCCGCAUUUAAGAAGUCUAUCCAGGACAACGUUUACCAUUUCAACUGGGUUUGGAGACUGCAUCUGGGUCUAAAUGUUGGCAAAAAUCAAAACGAGAAUUCGGCCCUCCCAGCAAAGCCGAGUCUAAGGAGCCAGUUCCAGACCUUCAUUGUUUUUUUCAAGGACCCACGACAUGCGAAAACGCUAUUUGCGGCUACACUCUUCUGGUUUCUACAAAUCGGCUUUGGGAAAGGAGAAACACAAUACGUGACCAUGUGGAAUACCGCCGUGGGCAAUUGCAUUGUCUACUGUGCGGGCUACCUUCCAGGACUCUUCAUCGGCACUCACAUUCUGCCCUAUGUCAUUGGCCGCAGGGCUCAUUUAUUUUACAGUGCAUCCCUACUCGCCGUUAUAUACGCCGUUUGGGCCGGUGUAUCAAAUAUUGCAAAUACUGGCACCUUGAUGUCUCUUUUCGUCCUAGCUCAAGCAGUUAUGGAUUCGGGUCCGGCCCUGGUGGAAUAUGCUUUUCUGGAGUUGUUUCCAACGCGCGUUCGAGCUACAGCAUUUGGGAUUGCAUCAUCGAGUGGAAGACUUGCUUCUAUAAUUGCGGUAUUUGGCUUUACGAAGUUGGAGAACGCUAUUGGUCUGGGCGGUAUCCUAGGCUUUUUCGCCGGUAUCAUGGCCCUAGCCGCUCUAUGUGUCGGUUGGAUCCCAGAAACAAGGAACUGCACGAUCGAUGAUAUUGAGAAAGACUUCCUAUAUAGACCGGAGCUGAGGGACAACUCGGGUGAGCAGAAUAAAGAGGGCCGUGGGAGCGAUAAGCCUGUCGCAACCGUUGUUACGGAGGAAAUCCAGGCCUAA